UUCGGUUCAACACGCGUGCCGAUAAGACGCGCGCCGCGUUCGCAACGGUUUCGAAGAUCUGCUUCGCUUCAACCCCCUUCACCCCCCAUCCCACCGAAAGGGUGGAGAUCGUUUCUUCGCUUGGUCCGACCACCGGUCCGAUAUAUCGGUGUGGCGCUCGGUGUUCUUCGAUGGUGGUUCUGGUUGGUUUCGCGCCCUAGCAACGUGCCCCGUGAUUGCAACAGGUGUGUGCGUGUUUGAAUAUAGCAAAACAAGGGCGAGUGAUAAGCCUGGUAGCGUCAUACCGUGUUCUGCACGUUACGCUAACCACCCGCAUCACUUCACGGUGCUAUCGGCAGUGCCAGUGGUCAUAGGGUUUUUCGAAGGUUAAAGUGUAACCCACAUCGAUGCAAAUUUACAGGGCAACAUUGUGCGUGCGUCAUUUUACCACCGAAACGGCGUGAUAGUGAGCUAUGGUGGUGUUUAGUGAUGUAUCAAAAAUAGCAAAGUGUGCUGUGGGGUGGUCGCUACCGCACGGCGGAAGGAUCACCAUUUUAGGUGUGUUGGCAUGGUGACGCAAAAUCUUCGCUGCAAUGUGAUUAAAUGUAUCAGUAUCGAGAAAGUUAGUAAAUCAUACAGCCCAAAUUUAAGGGCGCGUACGUCGAAGUGAAUUCAAAAGUGGCUGCGUUCACCGUCUGGUUCAUGUCUGGUUUAUGUUAUUUACCCAAAAGUGAAUAGAAGUGUGGCUGGCGUGAAUUACCAGUGCGAGAGGAGGAGAGCGAGAUAGAGCAGUAUUUAAACAACAUUAAAGUGCGACAGGAAAAUCAACAUCAUCUCUCAGCCAUAUUAUCACACCGGUCUUCCCAAGAAUUUACAUCUGCGAAGAGUUCAACCAGCGGCUACAGGGCUAUAGAGACAAUUUUGCUGUCAAUCCAUUUAUCGAUUCAGAAGUUGAUGGAAAGCUGUCUUAUCCUUCUUUCAAUAAACGUUCAAUACGCGUGACGUCAUGUCUGGCGGCGGUCUGCUAAAGGUGGAACAUCCGGCCAACAAUGGAACGGGCCUGGUACCGGGACGGUUAUCGCUCAGCAGUGACAACCUGGCCACCGGUAGCCGUCUCGGCAAUGGGGAACGCGGUGGCUCCCUCACACCGAACCUGCCCUCGAUGGACCGUCUCAGCGCUCCGAUCCUCACGCGGCGCAAGUUUAGCUUCCCGGCCAACCUACACUCAACCGCACUGCUAGGCUUCCCGGAGAUUGGUCACCGAGAUGGGAUGGGUUCAACGCUGUCCACCUCCAGCACUGCCCUGUCCGCCCGCAGACGGCUCAGUAAUGUGAGUGAUGUGGUCACACGGAAGCUGUCCAGUACGAUCGGCUGGAAGCAACCGGUACUACCCUCCCAGGACAUCAUCACCCAAGGCAAAUGUUUGUGCGGUCAGUACAUCCGGUGUCGAUUAAAGCGGUCCGGUGUGUUUAAUCGUAAGCUGGGUCUGCAACGCAUACGAAGCAUCGUCGGGACACCUUCGAUCCAUGUCGUGCGGGAAGUAUUUCCGGCCCUAUUGAGUGUGGGCGAGGAACUGGAACGGAUGUAUCCACGCAUCUACAACGGCAUUGCACGGCAGUUGACUCGCUUUGGACGGGGCGAGCUGAAAACACCCGAAACGGCCCCAGUACUCCUGAGUGCCAUUGCACGGGACCUGUUCAAGGCGGACAUUACCUGGGGCAAGGUGGUAUCGCUGUUUGCCAUCGCCGGCGGCCUUUCGGUGGAUUGCGUGCGGCAGGGACAUCCGGACUAUCUGCCCAAGCUGGUCGAGGGUGUGGCGGACGUGAUCGAGGACGAGCUAGUCACCUGGAUCUCGGAUAACGGUGGUUGGGUGUGUGUGUGUAUCGGUCUAGCGAACAAGGUGCGACCACCGCCGGAAGAGAUCACGUUCACGGUACGGUGUCUAGUAGGGGCGAGCUGUGUGAUAGGACUGUUUAUGUUUGUCUUUCUGCUAAAGACGCUAGGGUUAUAUUUAUUUCCAAAUAUAUUCUCUUAAUUUCGACCAUC